AUGUCACCAGCUUCGUCAACGUCAUCGCCGUCGCCAUUUUACCGUGGCAUAUGGCGCCUAACGGAACUUAAGAAGAAGAAGCAUAAAAAAGAUAGCUUAACAAGUUGUCAUUCGAAUAGCGAUGAAGCAGGAGCAGCAGUAGCAGCAGCAGCGGCCGAAGGCGACAGUUCCCAGAAUCGUACGCAGCCAGUAGCCACGGCACAGAUUGCUGAUGAAGUGCUCGGCUCCUCACAGCCAUCAAAGGGGUUAGUUUUCAUCUUGGUUUAG